AAGAUAACGACGUUUAACAACGAGCCAUGGAAACGAGAUAAUGGGGAAGUGGUCGCGCUACUUUAUCAAGUUUAAGUUGAAGUGUGUGUAAGGAUGAAGUUACUACAACAUCGAAUACGAGACAGGUGCCAUGUUAUGGAUCGAUCUAAAGCUGGGCACACGCUGCUGAUUGGUAUGCUGAUUCAGACUGCAACAACAGAGUUCCAAGUCUGAGAGAGGGAUUUACUGUGUAAAUGUAUGAAGGAAAUAACGGAGUAAACAGACCGUGCAACACUAUAACGGAUGGUGCUCAAUUGAUAUUGCAUAAUUGUGAAGUGCUCGUUCGCAACAAUGCGGCUCUUGUGUAGGAGAGCCAGGCUCGCGAAGAUUAUCGUGUGGGCCCUUUUGUUGUUCGUUGUGCCUUUCUUGUACUUACAACUAACGUUUCCGGUGCGCUAUAUUUUCAAACAUUCAAAUGUUACUAGCGCCUGUGUUAUUCCCAAUCUCAAUCCGUUCGAUCCCUCCAUAAUGAAGUUCGUUUGGGACCCAGCACCAAUCAUCUGCGACACGUCCCCGGUCAUUCUGUACUCAGACGAGAGUGGAGUGGUUCGCUUCAACGCAAGUGCCUUGACCAUUAUGAACAUUGAUGUGAAGCAAAUUCAUUGCGAAUACCGCAUUUUGCGAAGAAAUACAGAUGACAUGUCUGUGCAUUUUGAGCCACCUGUGUCAAUAAAACCACCACAUAAGGUCAUUUCAGAUUUCUAUCAUUUAACAUGCAAAGAUUUACGAGGAAAAGUCAUUUUCGAUAAGUUAAUGACAAGUGUUGUGAAUGAAUUAACUAAACGCAGCGUCCCAGUGCAAAAGGAAUCUGCUGAUCAACUGAGUGUCUUCAUGUUCGGAAUCGACUCCGUGUCCAGAUCCACGUCUAUACGGAAAUUACCGAGGACGAUCCGGUUCCUUAAGGAGGAACUACAAGCUUACGAUUUUAAGGGUUACAUGAAGGUCGGAGAGAACACGCUCCCCAAUCUGACGCCCCUUCUGACCGGACGUAGGGUCUGGACGGACGAGGUCCCCAUUUCCGACUACACCGUCGACCCCUUCGAUCCAUUCCCCUUCAUGUGGAAGAACUUCUCAGAACGAGGCUAUGUAACGAUGUACGCCGAGGAUAUGCCACAUAUUGGAACAUUCCAAUACUUGACGAGGGGGUUCGUUAACGCUCCGACCGACCAUUACAUGCGGCCAUUUUGGCUCGGUAUGGCUGAACUUGAAAACAUUAGGAACAAACUAAGUCCCGUACUUUUGUAUUUGGAAAAUAAAAACGUGAAAUUGCAGGGUGGUGGCUCAAGCCUGUGUUACAAAGAUAAACCAAAGCACGUUGUAUUGAUAGAUUAUCUCAAACAGUUAUUGACGAAAUAUAAAAGGCAAAGAAAGUUUGCUCUGUCAUUUCUUGUAGAGUUGUGUCACGAAUAUCCGAAUUUCCUUGCAAAUGGUGACGAUGAUUUUCUGAACUUUUUUAAAUGGAUGCAAUCUGAUGGACAUCUGGACAACACCGUCCUGGUUUUUUUCAGCGACCAUGGUGCUAGAAUAGAUGAAAUAAGAAACACGUUUGUUGGCCGAAUCGAGGACCGUAUGCCGAUGAUGUAUAUAGUGAUCCCUGAACAUAUUAGAAACAGACAUCCGAUCAUGGCUAACAAUCUGAAAAUAAAUACUCAACGCCUUUCAACUCCGUUCGAUGUACAUCAAACGUUAAUGGAUAUACUUCACCAAAACUUUGAUCAACCGACGAAAUCGUAUGUAGAUGACAAACUUCGCAGCAUAAGUUUAUUUCAGGCAUUGCCCACCGAUCGCUCAUGUGCCGCUGCCUGGAUUCCUGAGAACUAUUGUGCAUGUUACACGUCGACUCAAGUUAAUAUCUCGAAAGGAACUCUCGCGGUACGAUUAGCAUCCGUUAUGGUCCGAGAUUUGAAUGAAAGAUUUUCUCAUUUACCAAAGUGUGCCAAAUUGACAUUGAACAAAAUAACCGAAAUUAGAGAAAUCGCGAACGGACUUCAACAUGCGAGUACCGAAAAUACUGGGAUUUCUUUCUUUCAAUUUCUGAAUCCAGAACGACGCAGUUAUAAACGAUAUGACGUCAGUCUAAUCACUGAACCCGGCCUGGGUGCUUUCGAAGCAACUUACACUGUGACUGAUUCUGAUGUACGGUUAGUAGGCGAAAUAGUUCGCGUUAACAAGUAUGGGAACCAAUCUAGUUGUAUUUCUGAAAAAUUGCUGCGGCCGCUGUGCUAUUGCGCGGAUGAAAUGUAACAGCUGGUUGACAUUUGAUGGUGUCAGACGCUGAUGAAUAAAUAAUGCUUGACAUGCUGUUGGAAAAUGUUCAACUAAUCAGUCUAGUUUUUGUAGCUUCGCGUUUUAAGCGUUGGUUUAAUCAUAUAAACGUUAUCGACAUACACUGAGUAAAUACUUAACAACUUAAAUAUUCUCAAUAAAAAAGAGUUGCCUUUUAUACCCAUUUAUGCCUAGUGGACUCUCCCAUCCUUCUAAAUUGGAUCAAUUUAUUUCCAAAAUUAGGGAUGUCUAGUAUAUUUAUUUCUAUAUUUAGAAUAUUUCUUAUAGAAAUUCCGUUACGCAAACAGCGCAGACCCUGAUGAGACGCCGCAUCAUGCGGCGUCUCAUCUGGGUCUACGCUGUUUGCCAAGGCCUUUUUCUAGACGCUAGGCAUCAAUGGGUUAAUAUAGUCGAGUGCAUGGAUACAUACACAACGUUAUAUGCAAUCGCAUUUGAGAAUUAAUGAUUGAACAGCGUCGUUACUUCAAUCAAAAGUAUUUCAGUAUUUUUUUAGCAAUGUGUGUAUUCUGAUGUUGAAAUAUUGUUAUUGUUCUUUUUUCGUCGAGUAUCAUAAACUGCGUUAAAAAAUACAUUUUCUUUAAAUGAUUUUUAACACAGGCAGCCAAUAUAAAACGUGCAUAUUGAUUAAUAUGCCCCCUUCGAAGAAGAGGGUGUAUAUUGCUUUGCACAUGUCGGUCGGUCGGUCUGUCGGUCGGUCCGUCCACCAGGUGGUUUCCGGAUGAUAACUCAAGAACGCUUGGGGCUAGGAUCAUGAAACUUCAUAGGUACAUUGAUCAUGACUUGCAGAUACUGUUAACAAAAUUAAAUUGAACGAUACACUAUACAGUAGAUUUUUCUAACAAAGAUCGUCUUAUAUAAUAAAAGUCCCCACGAUAUCUAUGACAUUACAAAACCAAAUAGAUGAAUAUAUUCUUUACAUAAAUAGAUUCAAUAAUUGUUGGUUGUAAAUUAGUUAUAUCUUUUAUGUUAAAACAACAAAAACGGAUUGUGCGUUUCUAAUGCACGCCUGUACCGUGAUUGUGUCUCUUGUUUAUUCUUGCUAUAGCUGGUAGAGGCAACUACGGCUUUUACAUUAUUAAUCAGUUGUAUAGUGAUGGAUGCAUUACGCACGUACACACACAAAAGACAGACGAAUGAACUCUUUUUGAAAAAUUUAUAUAAGUCGUUUGAUUGUAUUACCCUCUGAAAUGAUUUGCGUUAAUAAUGCGUCUAUGGCUGGUAGAUAAAAUAACUUUUGUCCAACAACUAGUGAUAGUUGAUAGUAAAACCAAAUGGUUCUUUUAUUUAUUUAUUGCUCAAACUUAUUCUGUGUUACAAUUGUGAAAAUGCCAACAACGAACUUAACACGUUAAUUUCACUUAAACUUAAAAUUUUCCACUUGAUCGGAAAAACUUAUUCUUAAAAAAAUGUGUUGUAUAUCAUUCAAAACUAUAUGUCACGCUCGGUUUUGUUUUCUUGUACAUUGCUGUUUUGUUGCUGUAUUUCCUUUUUGUCCAACAAUUAGUGAUAGUUGAUAGUAAAACCAAAUGGUUCUUUUAAUUAUUUAUUGCUCAAACUUAUUCUGUGUUACAAUUGUGAAAAUGCCAACAACGAACGUAACACGUUAAUUUCACUUAAACUUAAAAUUUUCACUUGAUCGGAAUAACUUAUUCUUAAAAAAUAUGUUGUAUAUCAUUCAAAACAAUAUGUCACGCUCGGUUUUGUUUUCUUGUACAUUGCUGUUUUGUUGCUGUAUUUCCUUUUUGGUGUAAAAUGAAUCACUUUUACACACACAGUAAAACACACAAAUGCAUGCAUACAUGCAAGCAAUCACGCUAUCUCGAACACAAACGAAUUACCUUUUUUUUUAAAUAGCUUUCAACAUGUUUGGUUGUUGUACCUUAUGUUUUUUUCUACUAUGUUUAAUGUUGUUCUGUUUGUUAAUAUUUUAUUUCUUUGUUUCUUUUUGUGUAUUAUAUAUUUCACAAGAUACCGGGACAUACACGCACGCUUACACGCGCACACAAAAAACACACGCGCACACACACACGCAUACACACACACACACACACACACACACACACGCACGCACGCACGCACGCACGCACACACACUCAUGCGCGAAAGUGAGCAUAUACUUGUUAACAAUCUCAUUUCAUCAACAAGAAGGCGUACAAACUACACUUUUUUAUUUUUUUGGUGAAAAAUCAGUGUUACACACACACACACACAGUAAAACACACCAAUGCAUGGCUACAUGCAAGCAACCACGCUCUCUCGAAUACAAACGAAUUACCAAUUUUAUUCUUUUUGUUCAAAAGAAUUUUCAACAUGUUUGGUUGUUGUAUCUAAUGUAUGUUUAAUGUAGUUCUGUUGUUUUUUCUCUGUCCCUUUAGAUGUUUUAUAUAUUUUCACAAAACACCGGGACAUAUACGCGCGCCUACACACGCACAAAAAUCACACACACGCACACUCACGCACACUCACGCACACACACACGCCCGCGCACACAAACACCCACACGCACACACACACACGCACACCCGCACACACACAUACACACACGCAUGAACGUACACACACACACACACACGCGCGCAUGAAUGUACAUACACACACACACACACACACAUGCACGAACCUGCGCAUAUACUUAUUAACAAUCACAUUAUAUCAACGAGCAGGCGUACAAACUAAACAUAUUUAUUACUUGAGAUUACGGCAUAGGAAACAAAAACACGUACUGUUUAAAUACGCAAACGCCACGCAAACAUUGUUGUUGUUUUUGCAUGCCAGUGUUUUUUGUGUUUGCGUUGUUCUGUGUGCUGUUUUUCUUUCUCUUAAGCAUUUUUUUACUUGUGUAAUGAUAGUGUUUGUUACACAAUAUAUAUAUAUAUUUUUUUUUGGCGGAACCCUUUCUUCCUAUUUGUCAUUGUAAACAGUUUUUUUUAUCAUGGGUACCCGUUGCUUUUCGGGGUGUAAACAUAACUUUUUUUCUGCUCAUUUUUGUUUCCAUAUUUUGUUUGUAUGUAGAGACAUAUCUUAUCUUACAAUAGAAACUAACUGGAGAUGUUUUAAAUUUGAAACUAACUGGACAAGCACACACAAAUCAUCAUUUACAUCACCCUCCAUUAAAUGAUUAAAUUAUGUACAUUGAAUGUAAAAGGGCUAAACAAUAAAGACAAACGCAUAAAAAUCUUCAAAUGGUUAGACAAAAAAAAAUAUAGUAUAUGCCUUUUACAAGAAUGUCAUUUGACACCUACUUUAGCACAAACCUUAAAAGAUGAAUGGGACGGAGAAAUCUAUCUCAGUGGAAAACAUACUAAUAAACAAGGCAUUGCCUUUCUUAUAAAAAAUAAUAUAGGGAUCACAGUCAAUAACUUUAACGAAAUAAUAAUUGGCAGACAAGCAAGUAUAGAUAUCAAAAUACACGAAACAGAAUUAACAUUAAUUAAUGUUUACGGCCCUAACAUAGAUGAUUCCACAUUCUACGAAACAUUACAAUCCUUUAUAAUUAAUAACCAAGAUAAAAACAUCAUAAUCGGUGGUGAUUUUAAUACUGUUCUUAACCCAUUAUUAGACAAAAAGAGUGGAAACCUUUAUAUUCAUCCUAAAAAUAGAAACAUUUUAAAUAACAUAAUUGAAAACUACAAUAUGAUAGACAUCUGGCGUACUAUAAAUCCAAACGAAAGCAAAUUCACCUGGCACUCAAACACAAAACAAACAAUAUUUUGUAGAUUAGACUAUUUUUUAAUAUCUGAAUCUCUUUGCAACAUUAUUGACACAUGUAACAUAAAACCAGGAUUUAUGACUGACCACUCUCUAGUUGAACUUAAACUGCACAAUAUACUUCCUGAAAGAGGCCCAGGAUACUUUAAAAUUAACAAUAGCAUCUUAUUAGAUACACAAUAUCAAACACAAAUAAAACAGGAAAUAUUAAAUACAGUUCAAAAUAAUAAAGAUGCAAACCCAAACACCUUAUGGGAAGUAAUUAAAGGAAAUAUACGUAACACAACAAUUAGAUACACAUCAUUUAAACAAAAAGAAACACACAAACUUGAAACUGAAACCAUCAAAACCAUUGAAACACUUGAAAAACAAUUGCAUCAAACAAACACAAAUGAUACCACCGACAUUGAAAAUGAAAUAACAUUAAAAAAACAAAUAUUAGAUGGAAUCUAUCAUACACAUCUCAAUGGAAUAAUACUAAGAGCGCGUGCACAGCAUGUUGAACACAAUGAAAAAAAUACAAAAUAUUUCGCAAACAUUGAAAAACGUAGAAGUGAACAGAAAACUGUACACAAAUUAGUAGUCAAUGGCAAAGAUAUAACAAACAGAACUGAAAUACUAGAAGAACAACGUUUAUUUUUCGAAACCCUCUAUAAACGAAAAAAUGUUGAAAAUAACACCCUUUUUAAAAAUACACAUCACGCUUUUAAACCAAGAGGAAAAACAACUGUGCGACGGAUUGCUUAAUGAAUAUGAAUGUGGAUUAGCCCUAAAAGAAAUGCAAAAUAACAAAAGCCCAGGAUCUGAUGGCAUCACAAUCGAGUUUUAUCAAAUAUUCUGGAAUGAGAUAAAAACACAUCUAAUUAAUUCACUUAACUAUUCAUUUAACAACGAAAACUUAACUACGCUACAAAAACAAGGUAUUAUAUCGCUUAUUCCAAAACCUGGAAAAAACUUAGAAUCCUUAUCAAACUGGCGCCCGAUUAGUUUACUAAACAAUGAUUAUAAAAUUGCAACUAAAAGUAUAGCAAACAGAUUAAAAAAAUAUUACCAUCAAUCAUUUCAAAAUCUCAAUCUGGUUUUAUAAAAGGACGUUACAUUGGUGAAAACGUUCGUCUUAUCCAAGAAUGCAUAAACUAUUUCAACAAUUCAAAUAAUCCUGGUCUAAUAUUCUUUGCAGACUUUGAAAAGGCAUUCGAUUCGCUUGAUCAUUCAUUUAUGUUCUCUUGCUUAGAAAAUAUGAACUUUGGUGAAAGUCUCAUUCAAUGGGUCAAACUAUUCUAUACCGAUAUUAACAGUAUAAUCAUUAACAAUGGCUUCUUUUCAAACAGUUUUAACAUCGAACGAGGGGUUCGACAAGGAUGUCCACUCUCAUCAUCGCUAUUUAUUAUUUGCAUCGAGUAUCUAUCACAUCAAAUCCAAUCAAAUAAACACAUAAAAGGCAUAUCACUAGAACCUGACGAAGAAAUCAAACAAUCCCUAUUUGCUGACGAUGCAACUUAUUUUUUAAACGACAAUUACGAUUCUUUCCAUAACCUAAUAGAGUCGCUAACCCUUUACGGAAUGACAUCGGGUCUUAAACUAAACAAAAGUAAAUGUACUGUGCUACGAGUAGGUAAAUUAAAACAAAGUACUGUUCAAUAUAAAAAAGAAAUGAAAUUUUAUUGGACAUCCAAUGAAGCCACAACGUUAGGCAUUACUUUCACAAAUAAUGAAAAGGAUACAGUUCUUAAAAACAUACUUCCUAAAUUACAGAAUUUUAAAAACUGCUUAAAAUCAUGGCAUCAUCGUAAACUUACACUAAUCGGAAAAAACACAGUAUUGAAAACGUUUGCACUUCCUAAAUUAAUAUAUGUAUUAACAGUUCUCCCAAAUCCACCAAACGAUGUAAUUAACGAUAUAAAAUCAGCAAUAUUUAAUUUCAUAUGGGACGGUAAGCCUGAUAAAAUAAAAAGAACUCGGUUAAUUCAAUCUGUAGAAAAUGGAGGUAUCCAAUUAACGAACAUUGACUCAUUCUUGAAUGCAAUCAAAUGCAGCUGGGUUAAAAGAUACCUAGAUAAUACCAAUACGAGUAAAUGGAAAUUAUUCUACCAAAAAAUCCUUAAAAAAUAUGGUGACUCCUUACUCUUUGAAUGUAACAUCAGCAAUACUAUCUUACAUGAAAUUGCAAACGAAAACAUAUUUCUGUCUGAUGUUCUAUCAGCGUGGAGUGAUGUCACUCAUAACUUAGAAACCCAAACCAGCAGUAAAACAAUUUUAUGGAACAAUAAAGACAUAACUUCAAACAAUAAGACGUUUUUCUAUAAAGAUUGGUUUGAACGAAGCAUUAAAUAUGUCGACCAAUUAUAUGACUACAGAAUUAAGGAUUUCUACUCUUUUGAUAAUAUAUGCUACCUAUACGGAAUACCUUCAAAUAAUUUUCUGAAGUACUACACACUAAUCAAAAGCAUACCCAUACAUAUUAAAUCUGAAAUCAAUACAAAUAAUACACCAUGUACUCAAACAACAUUUGUAGAAAACAUACUUGGAAGAAAAAACAAAACAAAUAAAAUAUUUUACACACUACAAAUUAAAAACCCUACAGAAAACUCCAAAAUCCAAAAUAAAUGGCAAGACCUUUUUGUAGAAAAUGAACUUAAUUGGAAACACAUAUUUACCAUGCCAUAUAAAGCAACCAUUGAAAGCACACUGAGAAAUUUUCAAUAUAAAUACAUCCAUAGAAUUAUAGCUACAAAUAAAUAUCUCUUUAAAUGCAAAUUAGCUAACUCAAAUCUGUGUGACUUCUGCAGUGAAAACAUUGAAACUAUAGAACAUCUUUUUUGGGAGUGCAAACACAUCCAGCCUAUUUGGAAUCAAUUAAUAUCAUUUCUUGAACAACAGCAACUAAACGUUAAACUAUCUUUCUUAAAUGUAAGUUUCGGAAUUAACUCAUUGAAAUCACUAGACGGUAAUAAUAUUGUGAAUUUUAUGGUUAUAUUGAUGAAAUAUUUUAUCUUAAACAUGAAGUACAAAAAACAAGUACCAAAUUUUAAUUGUUUUGUCCAUAGUCUUAAACUAAAAAUCCAGAUUGAGAAAGAAAUAGCCCUCAGUAAUGACACAUUACAAAUCUUUGAACAAAAAUGGAAUCGGAUUAAAUUCUCAUAAUGUUUUGUCCACUUUUAUACAUUUCACUCUAAUGUUAGUUUAUCUUUCUAAAAUAGUUUUGUUUAUUUUUUUUAAACAUGAAGCACAAAAAACAAGUACCAAAUUUUUAUUGUUUUGUCCAUAGUCUUAAACUUAAAAUCCAGAUUGAGAAAGAAAUAGCCCUCAGUAAUGACACAUUACAAAUCUUUGAACAAAAAUGGAAUCGGAUUAAAUUCUCAUAAUGUUUUGUCCACUUUUAUACAUUUCACUCUAAUGUUAGUUUAUCUUUCUAAAAUAGUUUUGUUUAUUUUUUUUCAAUCUGACAAGAUCAUUGUGAAUAUAAAACAAAACACACAAGUCCAGUAUGCUUUCUUCCGACUUUAUACAACUCAUCAUUUUUCAUAACUAUUCCUCUGUUGUUCUUUUCUAUUCUCUUUAAAAAAUAUAUAUAUAUUAGCAUAUCUUGUAUAACAUGUCUGAACUUUAUUGCUUUGUACAAUCACUAUGUUGUAUGAUCAUAUACAUGUUUACAUUGUAUGUAUGAUAUUGAAUAAAAAAAAAAAUGACUUGCAGAUGACCCCUAUUGAUUUUGAGGUCACUAGGUCAAAGGUCAAGGUCACUGUGACCCGAAAUAGUAAAAUGGUUUCCGGAUGAUAACUCAAGAACGCAUACGCCUAGGAUCAUGAAACUUCAUGGGUAGAUUGAUCAUGACUCGCAGAUGACCACUAUUGAUUUUGAGGUCACUAGGUCAAAGGUCAAGGUCACGGUGACCCGAAAUAGUAAAAUGGUUUCCGGAUGAUAACUCAAGAAUGCAUACGCCUAGAAUCAUGAAACUUCAUGGGUAGAUUGAUCUUGACUCGCAGAUGACCCCUAUUGAUUUUGAGGUCACUAGGUCAAAGAUCAAGGUCACGGUGACCCGAAAUAGUAAAAUGGUUUUCGGAUGAUAACUCAAGAACGCAUAUGCCUAGGAUCAUGAAACUUCAUAGGUAGAUUGACCAUGACUCGCAGAUGACCCCUAUUGAUUUUGAGGUCACAAGAUCAAAGGUCAAGGUCACGGUGACCCGAAAUAGUAAUUUGAUUUUCGGAUGAUAACUCAAGAACGCUUUUGCCUAGGAUCAUGACACUUCAUAGGUACAUUGAUCGUGACUCGCAGAUGACCCCUAUUGAUUUUCAGGUCACUAGGUCAAAGGUCAAGGUCACAGUGACAAAAAACGUAUUCACACAAUGGCUGCCACUACAACGGACAGCCCAUAUGGGGGCAUGCGUGUUUUACAAACAGCCCUUGUUACGAUAGGUUUAGAUUUUCAUAUUUUAAAAACGGAUACGACAAAUUUGUGCUUUAAGAUAAUGUUGUCUUUUAAGAAUUUCUAAAAUCAUAAUAGUUUAUUACUAUAAAGGUGAUUCUCUUUUUCGUGAAAACUACUCAUGUAUGAAAGUGCUCGAGGCUAACUUCUUUGAAAACAAUUUUGUUAAAAGCAUAAUUUGAUAAAGCAUUUGGAAUCAAAAUGCACAAUCUGCAUUUGAUAAUCUACUUUGAAUUUAAGUACUAAAUUAAGCAAACGAUUUCAUUAUAAUCUUAUUAUACACUAAUAAAUUUAAACAACUAUAAAAUAGUUACAAAAAUGCCUUUAAAAUCUAUGUUUAGCCCGUUAUUUCAUUUCGGAUUUAAUAUUUAUCAUGAUAUGUCAUUGAAUUUUAGUAACUAAUAAAGCGCUUUGGCUUAUAACUUCAUUGUGAAAUGAGUGCCUAAAUCGGGCUCAAUUACAAUUUAGUACAAUUUAUUAUUUUUACUAAAAUUAAUUAAAAAUGGUCGUGCAAUUUUGAGAAUCCUGUGUAUUGUAAAUUGUAUUGUAAAUCGUCAGAUAUAUUACAUGAAUCAAUCAUAAUCAGUAUUUUAAACGAAUAUUUAUGCAUUUUAUAUGUAUUUACGCAAAAGGGAAUGUGUUGUUAUGCAAAUAUGAACAUGGUACCCUUUAAGAAAUGAUUACAUAUAUCAAGGGAGAUGAAUCUUCCGGAAACCGGUUUGCAUUGAGUCAUGAAACGUACAUGGAUUACACGAGCAGUUACCUUAUUAUUCGUGAACUGUAUGCAUUGCAUUUUGUCAUUUAUUGUAGUCGUUUGUUUAAUAAUAUUAACAAGAAAAUUUACAAUCAUUAGAAUUUCCUACAAUUUACCAUAUCCAGUAACUAUAGAAAAUGUGUUUUUAUUUAUCAGAAAUAACCGAGAGUUUUACAUCACUUAUUGAUAUCGUAGGCAAGACUUAGUUAAGAACACAAUAAGAUAAACUUAUUUCAAUAAUAUAGCAAAAUAUCAAUGUUUUAUUAGUAAAUAUUAUGAGGAGCAGCUGUCGACGAAGCAUUCGUGUGAGGUGGAAAUGAACAAAUAAAUCAUAUGUUGCUGGUUAUUAUUUUUAGCUUUCCCGAGUGCUUUACUGUGCGCUGUUCUAGUCAGUCAUUGUCUAUCGUCGUCCUCCUUUGUCGCCAACAAGUUAACCCAUUUAUGACUAGUGGACUCUCCCAUCCUUCUAAAUUGGAUCAAUUUAUUUCCAAAAUAAGGGAUGUCUAGUAUAUUUAUUUCUAUAUUUAGAAUAUGUCUUACAUUAUGCAUCAUGCGGCGUCUCAUCUGGGUCUACGCUGUUUGCCAAGGCCUUUUUUUAGACGCUAAGCAUAAAUGGGUUAAUAAUGUGCCCAUUUGAAACCGCUUGGUUAGUUAGAUUUUUCCUUGAGGAAGUGGGGGGUCCUCAACUAAUAUGCUUGGAAUUAUUGUGAAUAAUCAACAAACUUUAAUUCCAAUGAGCGAGGAAUUCUGAUAUGACUACAUGUAUUUGUAAAAUCGGGAGAAUCGUCUUACAGCGAAUAAAAGAACAUAUUUUGAAAUAAUUCAUAAUAAUGAUCAAUGGGUUUUAUCUCAUAAAUUACUUCAGAUAAUUUGAAUUCAAUGAAAAAUAUGGUCACUGAGGGGUUUGUUUUCAUAUGACUGUAAAGUUAACAGUUUUUAAAUGAAUAUAAAGUAAAUGUAAGAAUCCAUAUUUUGACUUUGGGGUUUCCUCAAAUAAAGAACUUUAAAAUAUUCUGACAUAUUUAAAAAAAUAUGGCUGCUAAGAGUCGGGGUCUUAUUUCUGUAUUUGACUAUAUUGAUUGUUAAAUAUGUAUUUACCCUAUUUAAACUAGCGUGUUUAAAAUACAUAGAAUUUUCUCAAUCUGUUCCAAAUAUGUACUAUAAAAAUGUAAUUUACUUCGUUGUCGAUAUGCGUUUGCACACAGACUUCGAAUUAAGUGUCAGUUAAUUGAUGAGUACUGAUAUAGUUCGCAUUUGUUUGCUUUAAAUUCGAAAAGUGCAAAACAAUCUUUUUAUUGCGAUUUUGAUGAAAGCUGCUUUGGAUUCGAGUAUUAUAGACUAUUACUAUUUCUGCUUGUAAUUUUAACAGUUUGGCGUCUAUUUUCAGAAUGUGUUAUAAGCAGUGCCUUAUCUUUUGAAACUGAUGUAAUGAAUGCAAUUCAUAUUCUGAUUCUAGUUUUGUCUAUUUUAUCUUUACAUGUAAUUUCUUGUAUUUUCUUACAAUGCAACGUUUUACUAGCAGCGUUUAUUGUGUGUUUUAUUGCGAUUUAAUAAAGUUAAUGUUUA